UGAAUACAUGUACACUUUACAACCGAUAAUCCAUACGUUUAAAAAGUUAAUAGCUGGAUAUGCAACAUGAUUGAAAUUUCAAGAAUUCGACAAAGAACAAAAUAAAAGCUGUAGGCGACGUUUUGUGCCGAAUAUAGGCUAAUUGCAUACAUACGGGAUUGAUGUUUUUAGAACUGUACCAACAGUGCGGGGAGAACUCGGCGAGCUCGGUCUUUCAGGUCUGCGAGAAUGACUAAGCAUAUUUAUCGGGAAAACGCAAAAGACAGGGGAAUCCGGGCGUUUUCGAGACUAUUCCGUUCUCGGGCGUGAAAAACCACCGGCUCGGGGAUAGCUAUGGAUGGAAAGAGAUCGAUCAAAAUGGAUCCGCUCUCACCUGGCCCAUGUCUAGACAUUAGCGACGACGAGCUCGUUACGAUAUCGGUGCGGGACUUGAACAGGCAGUUGAAGCUACGCGGGCUGUCCCGAGAGGAGAUCGUACGUAUGAAGCAACGGAGACGCACCCUGAAGAACAGGGGCUAUGCAGCCAGCUGUCGCAUAAAGCGCAUCGAGCAGAAGGACGAAUUGGAGUCUGAGAAGACCCAGGAGUAUCGCGACAUGGAAAAUAUGCAGGAGGACAACAAUCGUAUGAGGGAAGAGAUAGAAUCCUGGCAUUCGAAGUACCAAGCGCUGAAAAAAUUUGCCCAGGAAAAGAAGAUCAUUAUUCCACCUGAUUUGGAAAACAUGUAGAAAAGUUCGGAGAUAUACCGAUUAGCUAUACGACGUAUAUUUAUUUAUAUUACGAAUAGAUUUGACAAUAGAAUGGUUUGGUGAAUGUUUUAA